ACAAUUCCAACACUCAAACACCGUACAACGCAUCCAUACAAAAACCCAAUGGUGGCGUCACUCAUGGGACACAACUGCUAUCAGCUUAUCAUCUCAUAUCUUCUAAAACAUGCUCCUACGUGGCACAAUCUCCGCUCCCCUCUCUUGUCUCCGCCUCAGAAGCACCACCACCUCCACUCCCCCUUUAAACGUCCCCGUUUCGCGGCGCACUUCAACAACCACCAACAACUACUCAAUCUCCGACCAAGACCUGGACUCCCGAGGCUUCCUCCUCCACCGCACGAUCGCGGAGCUCAACCUGGACCACCUCAACAAGGUCUUCGUAGCGGUCGGGUUUCCGAAGCGGGACCCGGAUAAGAUCCGAACGGCGCUGGAGCACACUGACGCGCUGCUGUGGAUGGAGUACAGGAAAACGAAGAGGCCUGUGGCGUUCGCUAGGGCGACAGGGGACGGCGUCUUCAACGCGAUCAUAUGGGACGUGGUGGUGGACCCCUCGUUUCAGGGGCUGGGGCUGGGGAAGGCGGUGAUGGAGAGGUUGGUGGAGGAGCUGGUGGCGAAAGGGAUUUGUAAUAUUGCUUUGUAUUCGGAGCCCCGGGUUCUCGGGUUUUACAGGCCCUUGGGCUUUGUGGCGGAUCCGGAUGGGAUCCGGGGCAUGGUGUACUCCAGAAAACCCAAAAGGAAGACAUAAAUAUUCACUGUUUGUUUUGGUUGAUAAAUAUUCAUUUGAUAGGUUAAUUGUAAGAUUUCUUUUGUUUGGUAAAUAUUAAUGGUAAAGAUAAGCAGCAAAGCACAGGCCAUUACAGAAAUUCUGUGCUUUUUUUCUGGACUGUUGUAUAUCUUCUUCCUCCUGAAGAAGACAGCCUUGUGUAGUUUUUGAAUUUUUGUAAACAGGCAAUUUGGCUCAUGAUUCUACUGAUGGAGUUUCUGA